UCAGAUUCAGUACUACUCACCACAAACAAUCAGUUGGAUGAAACGCCUAUGUGGGUCAUGUUGAAUCCAACAAAUUUGAAUCUAUUCUUUUGAAAGAUAAGUGUAAAAGUCUUAUUGAAACUCGACUUUUAACUAUACAAGAUAUUAUUGGUAAUAAGUCAUUAACAAAACUGAAAGUUGUCUGAAUUUUCAACUUAGGGAAGCUAAAUUCAACGUUUUAAGGAUAUAUGAAAGCUUAUUACAUGCUUUGGUUGAAUAUUUCUCAUUUUAUGUAUGUUGAAAUUCUAUUUUAGUUAUAUUUCCAAAUGGAACUUUAUUAAAAGAUGAGCAAUGUCAAUUUAGAAAAACUUCUGUUUUGUACUUUUUCUCAUUUUAAUGCUUCAAGAUGUUACGGCAUUUCACGGCUUCUUCAGGAGUUAUUUAGGGUAGAAUAUCUAAAAAUGUCUUUGCUUCCUCUUGUACCGAUAUCGUUGAUUUGUAAACCAUAAAGCAUAGUUCCGGCUUAGAGACUUUGUAGUUACUUGUGUCCUCAACAUAUCCCUGGAUGUUUAGGUGUAAUUUUGUAAUUUUUCUCUUCUUAGCAAUACAUUUUGAAAAGAGUGUGAAGCAUCUAUGCUAUUUAAAUCUUUCAUCGGCUUCAGUAACGAAAACUAUGGACAAUUACAGAGGUUUAUCUAAUUCCAACUUAAUUCGCAUUCUAGACUUAUUAGUAAACCAGGUGGAGUUAUUCUUUCUGCAUGGAAUGAACUAGAAUGAAGCCUGAUGCCAUGAAUAGUCUGUGAUAAUGGAGAUAGGUUGUAUUCUUUGAGCUAUCAUAUCAAUAUUCAACCUAACCAUUCUUUAGUUCAUUCUAAAAAGUUGAAAUGUUACAUUUAAACAUUUGAAAAAAAAGAGUUACAUUGUUAAAAUCGUAGAAAUGUUUUAAUGAAUAGCAUAUUUGAUCAUGCUGAAUAGGCUAUAGAAAACGAUUAAAAAAUACCCGUUGAAACUAUAGAUCUAUUGUGAAUUUUUAAAAUUAAAUACAGCAAAGUCUAUUUUAAAGUAUACAAGAUUCACGACUUUUCAACCUUAUUGUUCUUAAGUACGGGGAAGAUGCUUCAGCGAGAGGCCAAAGUUGGCUAAUUUUAAUGACUUUACAAUUAUAAUUUCGACUUAUUAAACAUUGCGAAAUUCUUCUUCUUACAAUCUAAAUAAAAAAACACAAUAACCAUAUUGCUAAAUACACAUAGUGAGAACUAAAGAGUCUACCAAUGAACACAAUAGAUGACCUUAUGAACUUGAAAAGUUGAUGCCAACGCCCUAAUUUGAACAGUUGAAGAAUUUUUGUGUAUCGUCUAACAAUUGAUAAUUAUUCAAGAAUUUUACUUCCUUAUCUAAAUGAUGAACUUUGCAUAGAAUAUCGACAAGAUUAGCUUAAAUCUGUCGCAUCGAAGACUGAAUACCUUAGCGAUUAAAAGUUUUUCUAGUAAAAAAAAAAAUCGUUAUACUUCCGUUUUGUCAAUACUUAAUGUUAAUAUUAUCUGGUACAGUUUUCAAAUGAGUUUGAAAAAGAGAUCUUUAAAUUACCUAUCAAUUUAAUUGAUUUUGCUAUUGGAAAGCCAACAGAUGGCAGAGUUUCAUUCCUUUCCAUAAUGGAAAAGAUUGCUUCGUGGCAACUAGUCGUGCACCUGUAGCAAUACUAUCACAGUCUAAAUGGCUAAUAAGAGCGUUUCUUCUGACAAUAAUAGUUGUCCUGCUGUUAAGUCAAAAGUUGCCGUUAUUACGGGAAUAAGUGGACAAGAUGGCUCUUAUUUAGCCGAAUUCCUGCUCGAUAAGGGCUACGAGAUCCAUGGCAUCAUACGACGUUCUAGUUCAUUUAAUACAGGGAGAAUAACUCAUUUGUACGAUGAUCCUAAAAUCCACCAGGAAGGAAGAAUGAAGUUACAUUAUGGUGACUUAACUGAUACUUCCUGUUUGAUGAGGCUAAUUAAUGAAAUUCAGCCAGACGAAAUCUACAAUCUUGGCGCUCAAAGUCAUGUUAAAGUAUCUUUUGAAAUCGCCGAAUACACAGCCGACGUGGACGGUAUGGGUGUACUACGUGUUUUUGAGGCGAUUAGAGCCUGUAAAUUGACUCAAAAGGUUAGAUUCUAUCAGGCUUCUUCCAGUGAGUUAUAUGGAAAAGUGAGAGAAAUACCGCAAAAUGAAGACACACCAUUCUAUCCAAGGUCUCCGUACGGAAUAGCAAAGCAAUUUGCCUUCUGGACUGUGAUCAACAACAGAGAAGCUUAUGGAAUUCACGCUUCGAAUGGUAUCCUAUUCAAUCACGAGUCACCCAGAAGAGGAGAAACGUUCGUUACGAGAAAGAUAACAAGAGCAGUGGCGAAAAUUCAUCUGGGGUUGAUGGAGUCAUUUUCGUUAGGCAAUUUGAACGCAAAGCGCGAUUGGGGACACGCAAAGGAUUAUGUUGAAGCUAUGUGGUUGAUGUUACAGAAAGAUAAUAGUGACGAUUAUGUUAUUGCGACGGGAGAAGUUCACAGUGUUAGAGAAUUUGUUGAGGCAGCUUUCAAAUUUGUUGGUAAAUCUAUUGAGUGGUCAGGUGAGGGCGCUGAUGAGGUUGGAAAAGAAAAGGGAACUGGCAUAAUAAGAGUUAACGUAAACCCGAAGUACUAUAGACCAACGGAGGUUGAAUACCUUCAAGGUGAUUCUACAAAAGCUAGGAGAGAAUUGAACUGGAAACCAAAGUUCGAUUUUGAAGGACUAGUCGAAGAUAUGAUGAAAAGUGAUCUGGAACUGAUGAGGACGAAUCCUGCCGCUUAG